AUGGGAACACUGACGAAGCCUUCCUUGCAACCUAGCGACUCUCCUCUGUAUGCCCGCCACUUUAUUGAUUAUUUGAACCUCGCUGCCCCGAAGCUGUGCCGGCUUACACUCCACGUCAGAGACCCGUGGUUUCAGGAGCAACAAUGGCAGCUGCGUCCGGCAUCCAGACGCCGAAGAGUUCGCCUCCGGCGCGGAAGACACGGAACAACUGAUGGUGGCAACGACAUCGACGCAGCAGCAGGCGAGCGCCAGAGACGUUCACCGGCAACCUGCGGCCACGAAGCUCUGUUUCUGUCUCACCCUCAUGCGCCAGUCGUGGACGAUGGCGCAGGACUCGGGACAUUUUCGUCAGAUGUGGGCCACAUCAUCCUGGCACUGGAGUGUGAGGACUUCCAUGACCGAGUUCACUGUGCCUGA